AUGGAUGUUGAGAAAGGUUAUUAUACAGAAUUAAGUUCUUUUGAAAUGUCAAAUUCAUUUAGAAAAAAUGAUUCAAAUAAGAAUCCAAAAUCAAAUAAAAGACCAACUGAUAGACCAACUGAUCGAAGACCAAAAGAAAGACCAACUCAUGUAACAGAUGAUAGACCAACUGAUCUACCAUAUGAUAGAUUAGAUGAUAGACCGACUGAUACAGUAGAUAAUACUCAAGAUGAUAGAUUAGAUGGAUCAGAAGAAUUUAUAGAUACUAUGAAUGAAAUAUAUUCAUUAGAUAAAGGUAAAACAAAGCUUUAUAAAGAAUUUUUUAAGUUAUAUACAGAUCCUGAUGAAUCAAAUAUUGAAGUUGAUAAUUUUGAACCUGGUCAAACACGUAGAAAAAUAUUUCUUUGGCUUUUGAUUAUUAUUUUAAUUUCAAAUCCAAUUCUUGGUGGAUAUAAUUUACAUCAUUUUACUAAUUAUUAUAAUAAUUUCAAUCAAUCACAAUUAAUUGAUAUUUUUAAUCCUAAAAUAAAUAAUUCCAAUAAAAAAUGGUAUCAAUUUUCCUUUACGGUGACUGGUCCAACCAAGAGUACUGAAGUUACUGGUAAUAAGGAUACUACUACAGGAAAGGGUACAGUAGGACCAAGCACCGUAACUGAGGGAAAGGGAGCUAAUUCUACAGAUGAAUUAAUGGAAUUUAAAAGAGUAUGUGAUGUUAUGAGUAUGAAGAUAUGUAGAUAUAGUUUUUAUGAAGUAUUUGGUGAGAUAAUAUUUGGUAUAUUUAGUUUAUUAUUAAUGAGUUUAUGUAAAUUACCAUGUAAUAAUGGUAAUUCGAUCCGAUUCAUGAUGCCGAUUUUAUUUAUAUUAUAUAUGCUGAUUUAUCGUAUUUUAGCAUUUUAUAUAUUAAUAAUUACUAUAAAAAUAACAUUUUAUUCAAUAAUUACUAUGAAACCACAAAUUAUUAAUUGGAUACCAUAUUAUAUAACAUAUUUCUUAAGUAUACAUAAUAUAAAUCCAUAUAAAGAUUUAUCAAUAUUAAAGCAAAUAUAUAAAUUGGAUGAAUUUGGUAUUAAAAUUUUAUGGUUAUUUUGUUUAGAAAAUGUUUAUAUUACAUUUUCAGAAUCAAUGGAAUUAUUUAUGGUUUUUAUAAAAUUAAUCUUCUCUUUAAUACGUAAAAUUUUGAAAUAUAAUGAAUUGAAUUUUUAUUCUAAUAAUGAAUCUGGAUUUAAAUUUUUUAAAUGCUUUUCUCGUGACACUUUUUAUAGUUCUGAUCCACAUGAAAAAUAUAUACACUCAUUAUAUAAUUAUGCUAGUGAUAUUGGUACUUAUUUAAAAAAUAUCAAUGUAGAUGAUUAUACACAAGGAUUAGAUGAUUUAACAAAUAAAUUCAAAAAUCGUCAAAUCAAUAAUCAAUAA